UUUAACGGGGCAGUUUCGGGUGAUAUGGCACCAGGCAUGAGGAGGAAGCAGCAUCGUUGACAUGUAUCCACUGUGUGUGCCACUCACUGCUGAUCCACAGAGACACCAGACUGAGGGCCAUCCGGCAUUCAACAAUGGUGGUUCAUCUGUUGGUGCUCCUACUUUCGUGCAGGAUUCAAGCAGUUGGAACUCAGAUGAAGCUGUCACCUGAAACACUAACCGUCCUGCGAGGGGAGGAGGCCCGCUUUACCUGCAGUACCCAUGGCACCCAGUGGACCGUUAUGGUUUGGCUGCUGAACAAUACAGUGGCACUGACCAUCUCUAAGUCGCACGGUGUCCUGCCAUCCCCUAUCACCAACGUGACAGCUGAGAAACACUCUGUCUCACAGGGAGACAGCUGGGUGUUUAUCCUGAAAAGCACAGAGAGGUACAACCAGGGACAAGUGACCUGUGACCUCCAGAGCAUUGACAGGAAAACAGCAAACCUGCUUGUACAAGAGAAGGGCAGUGUGAAAGUCUUUGGGGAAGACAAGCUGGUUUUCAAGGGGCAGUCGGUGCUGUUUGAAUGUCAGGCAGAAGGAUGGUACCCUAUACCCAGUCUGCAAUGGCAGGUGAAUGACAUAAAGGUGAGCCAGGGUGAAUACAACAUCAGCAGUGAAGAGUCCGGGAAGAGCCUCUUCACUGUGAGUAGCAACCUCAGCGUGACGGCAGCAAAGAGCUCUCGUGUGGAUUGUCUGGCCUCUGUGUCUGCCCUCCCCACACCACUGAAGAGCAGCGUCCGUCUGACAGUGGUUGCAGAGGUGUUGCAGGAAGGAGAUGACUGCACAGUCCCGCUGGCGGUAACAGCCUCCCUCUCUGCUGUUCUGCUGCUCCUCCUGCUCUGCAUCUGCACUGUCCUCUGCUACAGACAAAGGAGACAAGCAAAACCAAACCCACAGGUGGACAUAUGGUUCAACCAAUCAGUGGCUGACAGAAGCUUGGUUGCUGAGGCGACAGGGGGGAAGGUCAACAUGGGAUACUCUACUGAUGGCUCCACAGAUGCAGAUUUCAGUGAGCUAAGCAUGGAAACUCGUAGCCAGAUGGACUUUGUCAGCUUUCACAAGGUCCCGGAUGUUGUGCGCGCCAGCAGCCCGUCUCUACGCAGUGAGAGCCAAGUCCAGGGGAGUCUGGCAGAGGAAAACGUCCGGAGAAUUACAACAGUAUGAUGUUAUUUGAUGCAAUGAACAUGUUAAUGAAAACGAAAAUAGCAUUUUGAUGUACCAUACUUACAGCUGUGCAUCUGACCAAUGUUUGUAUAAUGGACAUUUUUGAAAAGCUACAAGCUAAUAUUAUGUGAUCUUAAACUGUAUGAAUACAGCACUUUUUACAUUUUUAUAUUAUGAAGCUAUACCCUGGGCAGUUUUGAAUGAAUCCUCAAGAAUGCAAGUUGUUUUUGAACAUCUACCAUUGUAUUUUUAUUUUCAGUAAAUUUUUUUUGUGUGUUUCUUGACAUUGCUGGUUUUUAUUUACCUCAUUUGUCAAUAUUAUACAGUACAUUACAAUACAGAUUUCAAUAUAUAGACAAGCAUUUUACUGGAAAAUUCUGGCUCAUCUCUUUUGAUCUGCUUUGGCCAUCAUUUCUGUCAGUUAUCAUAACAUUGUAUGCAACAAGUUGAUUGCAGUGUCACGUUCAAGGCAGCCAGGAACACAAGGGAAGAGAGGACCCAAAUGCAAAAACCCCAAAACAGGCGAACGAGUAAACUAAAAGUCUUUUAAUUUAAACUGAAAAUCACUCAAAGUCCAGGGCCAGAGAACAAAACUUAAACAACUAAAACUCAUCCAUGAAGGAGAAAAAAAAGGGCUGGAAACAUAAAACACAAAACAAACUCCAAAAGUCCUUACUUGAAAACAAAAGGCAACCAAGGUAUGUCCAUGAGGGGGAAGACGCAAGGCACAGGUACAGGGAAGAACACGGGGAACCAACACAGGUAAAGACACGGCCAAACUCAGGUACAGACAAGCACUAACUGACCAGGGCACAGGGAAACAACAAGACUUAUAUACACAAGGCAUUGGGGAACAGGUGACACCAAUUAGGGUGGGGCAGACAAUCACAAAAGGAGGGAAAACAGACAAAGACAGGAAGUAGAACAAGACCAGAUACACUAGGGACAAGGUUUAUAAAAUAAAACAGGAACUACUAACAAAAUUUAAGAAACAGUCCACAAUGAGUUCAAAUAACAAACCAAAGGAAACCAAAAACAGCCCUCUUAGGGGCUCAUCAUGACAUGCAGAGGAAUACAGUGAAAUUGCUUAAAUUAAGA